AAAAUCAAGGGGAAGAAACAAGAAGACAGAAAAACCAUCGCCUAUUUUGCUCUCGUGCUCUUGCUGCUCUCCGUGUUUCUCUCUCCCUCCCUCUCCUCUCUGGUUUCAGUAGGGCUUCUCUCUGACCUUCCUCUCGUCGUACUCCUUUCCCCGCGGCGCAGGUUAUUGUCUUCGUGUCUAUCUUACGCCCCCCGGAGGUAAGCUACAUCUCCUAUACACCCCUUCUUCCUCCAUUUCAUUAUGAUCUGCCUCCUGAAAACUAGAAGUGAAGAAAUAAGAGAACCCACUUUCACGAAGCGAAAUUAAACCAAAAUCGCUGUCACUGCAAUUUUUCUAAUAUUAUGAUUUGAGAUUAUUUAUUUAUUUGUGUUGAUCAGGUUUAGAGGGAAUUUCUGCUUUCUGGGGUUUGAUUCGUGUGAUCUUCAUUUACGAUUAGAUCUGUUACGAUAGAGAAAGGUACAAUUUUUUGCUCGAGAGUGGAAUAAUAUUAGGCUUAGAUCCGAGGCCACCAAACGGGUUGAUAAUCUGGUGGUGGGUGGGGCCCUGAGAUGGCCAAUCCCGGAGUCGGGAACAAGUUUGUUUCUGUGAAUCUCAAUAAAUCCUAUGGUCAGCAGCAGUAUCAUCAGCAUCAUCAUAAUAAUCAGCAUCAUUCAAGCUCUUAUGGGUCGAACCGCAAUCGCUCUGGUGGAGUUGGAGGAGGGAUGGUGGUGCUUUCACGGCCUCGUAGCUCGCAGAAGGCUGCUGGGCCAAAACUUUCUGUUCCACCCCCCUUGAAUCUGCCUUCUCUGAGAAAGGAGCAUGAGAGGUUUGAUUCCUUGGGAUCAGGUGGUGGACCUGCUGGAGGUGGUAUUGGGAGUGGGCCUCGCCCUGGUUCUUCGGGUACCGGCUGGACUAAGCCUGCCACUAUUGCCAUACAGGAUAAAGAAGUAUUUGGUAUUGGUGGUGAUCAUUCAGCUGAUGGCACUAGUAGUAACAAUGGGAUUGAUCAGGGAAUGCCUGUUAAUGGGUUCAGUGGGGGGAGUGUUAAUAGUGUGUAUACUCUGCCUUCUGCUCGGUCAGUGGUGCCUUCAGCUUCUGUUCCUUGUCGGGGUUCCCUGGUGACAGAGAAAGUCACAGUUUUGAGAGGUGAGGAUUUCCCUUCAUUACGCGCCACUUUGCCAGCCACUUCUGGGCCUGAAAAGAAACUGAAAGAUGGUUUGAAUCAGAAACAGAAGCAGGUAGCGGGUGAGGAGUUGGCUAAUGAGCGGAAUAGUUCCCAAUUGAGCACACUUGUUGAUAUGCGGCCACAAUUGCAGUCAAGGAGUAACAUUAACUAUAGGUUACAAGAGAAUGGUGCUGAAAUUCAUGGUUGGGGUGGUUCAGUCAUGCCUGAGAAAGACCAAAUGCGGGAAGACUACUUUUCAGGACCAUUACCUUUAGUUCGGUUGAACCCAAGGUCAGAUUGGGCAGAUGAUGAGCGUGACACAGGGCUUGGUUUGGCUGACCGUGGCAGGGAUAAUGGAUUUUCCAAGAGUGAAGCUUACUGGGAUAUGGAUUUCGAUUUCCCAAGGCCUAGUAUUUUGCCACAGAAACCAGGGAAUAAUCUCUUUGACAGGAGAGGGCAACGUGACAAUGAAACUGGGAAGAUAUCUUCUAGUGAAGUCACUAAAGUCGAUAGUUAUGGGCAUGAUGUGAGAAUGUCUAGCCUAGAGGGACGGGAAGGAACCUCACGGAGAGCUUCUUCGCCUAUUUCAAAAGAUGGAGUUGGUGUUCAAGAAGCUGGGAAUGAAAAAAAUGGUGUUGGCGGAAAGCCAUCUACUCUGAACAGAGAAACCAAGGAGAAUAAGUACAUCCCAUCACCUUUCCGAGACAAUGCACAUGAUGAUGCUGGAAGGAGGGAUUCAGGGUAUGGACAAGGUGGGAGGCAGCCCUGGAAUAAGAUGGAUUCUUUUGGUAAUCGAUGGCCUGAAUCAAAUGCUCGAGAGCGUCAUGGAAGUGAACAAUACAACAGAUACAGAGGAGAUACUUACCAGAGUAACUCCAUAUCCAAAUCGUCAUUUUCUUCAGGUGGUAAAAAGCUCCCAAUUAAUGAUCCCAUACUGAAUUUUGGUAGGGAUAAGCGAUCAUCCUCAAGGAAUGACAAACCUUAUCUAGAGGACCCCUUCAUCAAGGAAUUUGGGACUGCUGGUUUUGAUGGACGGGAUCCCUUUUCUGGGGGUCUUGUUGGGCUGGUUAAGAAGAAGAAAGAUGUGCUUAAACAGACUGAUUUUCAUGACCCUGUUCGGGAAUCUUUUGAAGCUGAACUUGAGAGAGUUCAGAAGAUGCAGGAAGAAGAGCGGCAGCGAAUAAUGGAAGAACAUGAAAGAGCUGUGGAUCUUGCUCGGAGAGAAGAAGAGGAGAGAAUGCGGGUGGCUAGGGAACAAGAAGAACGGCAAAGAAGGUUGGAAGAAGAGAGACAGGAAGCCAUGCGGAGAGCUGAAGAAGAGAGAUUGGAAGCCAUGCGGAGAGCUGAAGAACAAAGGAUAGCUAGAGAGGAGGAGAAACAAAGAGUUCUUUUGGAGGAGGAGAGGAGGAAGCAGGCUGCUAAACAGAAGCUUUUGGAAUUGGAGGAAAGGAUUGCAAAGAGGCAUGCUGAUGAAGCAAAGUGUGUUAGCACUAAUUCUUAUGGUGUUACAGACGAUAAAUUGUCAGGGAUGGUAGCAGAGAAGGAUGUUUCCAAGGUGGUAGAUAUGGGUGAUUGGGAAGAUAGUGAAAGGAUGGUAGACAGGAUCACAACCUCAGCAUCUUCUGAUUCCUCAGGAAUGAAUAGGCCAUUUGAGGUGGUAUCUAGGCCUCACUUUCCUAGAGAUGGUGCUUCCCUCUAUUUGGAUAGAGGGAAAGCUGGGACUUCAUGGAAGAGGGACUUACUUGAAAAUGGGAACAGCUCUACUUUUCAUUCACAAGACCAGGGGAAUGGUCAUCGCAUUCCUAGGCGAGAUACAUCUAUUGGUGGAAGAACAUUUCUUAGAAAAGAAUUUUAUGGUGGACCUGGAUGCAUCCCAUCUAGGGUUUAUCAUAAAGGAGGUGUUUCAGAUACUCAUAUGGAUGACUUUAGUCAAAUCAAGGGUCAGAGGUGGAAUAUGCCAGGGGAAGGAGAUCAUUAUGGUAGAAAUGCAGAGAUUGAAUCUGAAUUUCAUGAUAACCUUAGUGAGAGGUUUGAUGAUGCUGGAUGGGGACAUGGUCGAUCUCGUGGCAGUCUCUAUCCUCCAUACCAUGAACGAGUGUAUCAAAAUCCAGAAGCAGAUGGCCUCUAUUCCUUUGCAAGGUCACGGUAUCCCAUCAGGCAGCCUAGUGUUCUGCCCCCCCCUACAAAUUCAAUGCUCAGAAAUUCCUACAGAGCUGAGAAUGACUGUCCUGGCCCCUCAUCUUUUUCAGAAGGUGAGAUGCAGUACACUCAUGGAGCAAGAAAUGAAUCUUCUGUGCAGACAGGGUAUGACAGUGGCCACCAAGAGAAUGUUAGACGGACUGUUAGAAUUAAUACCCAGCAAGAACAUGCUGAUAAUGAAGUGCGCAAACUAGACAGGAACUCAGCAAGAUGUGAUUCACAGUCAUCACUUUCUGUUUCAAGCCCUCCUGAUUCUCCAGUUCAUCUAUCUCAUGAUGACUUGGAUGAAUCUAGAGAUUCUCCAACAUUAUCUGGUAGUGAAGGUAAAAACAUUUCCUUAUUGGAACAAGGGAAUGAAUGUACAACCUUACCCUUUGAAGCUGAGAAAGAUAAUAUGAUGAGUGGCUCAAGUGUUGUCUCUACUGGUGAUGAAGAAGAAUGGACUAUUCAGAAUGAUCAGCAAUUGCAGAAACAAGAAGAAUAUGAUGAGGAUGAAGAUGGUUAUGAUGAAGAAGAUGAAGUUCAUGAUGGAGAAGCUGAGGAUAUUGACCUUGCCCAAGAUUUUGAUGGUCUGCAUGUAGAGGAGAAAGAUUCUACUGAAAUGAUGGACAACUUGGUUCUUGGAUUCAAUGAGGGCGUAGAGGUUGGGAUGCCAAAUGAUGAUUUCGAAAAAAGCUUGAGGAAGGAAGAAACCAAUUUUGUAAUUCAACAAAUUUCUGCAGAAGAACAAGGAUUCUUUGAUGGGAUGCACACUGAUGGACCUAGCCAUCAGCCUGUGGAUGGUUCUGCUCAAGUGAGUGUUGACAAUACUUCCAGUAUCUUCCAGGAAACAGAGAACGCAAUGCAAGAUUUGGAAAUUGAACCUAAAAAUGCUCAAAAAACAUCGUCUGAACUUAUGGAUCAUGUGGAUGGUUCUAUUAGUUUUGGUUUGUCCCCUCAGCCCCAAGUCCCAUCUUCUUCCGGUCAGACUGUCCUGUCCAGUGGUCCCUCUGUUCUUGGUCAGCCUGAGGUAGCUGUUAAGCUCCCUUUUGGGUUGUUUUCUGGCCCUUCUCUGAUACCGUCACCUGUCCCAGCCAUACAGAUUGGUUCCAUACAGAUGCCUCUUCAUCUUCAUGCAUCUGUUGGCCCAUCCAUUACUCAAGUGCGGCCAUCACAACCUCCUCUAUUCCAGUUUGGUCAGCUAAGGUAUACAUCUCCUAUUGCACAGGGGAUAUUGCCAUUGGCUCCACAAUCAAUGUCCUUUGUUCAGCCGAGUGUUCCAACUAAUUUUCCUUUGAAUCAGAAUGUGAGAGGUCAUCUUCCUAGUCAACCUGGGCAGGAAACUUCUGCUCAUAAUCUAAUGGGAAGUGAUAUUUUGUUUGUUUCAAUGGAUAAUCAACCAGGUCUACCUCGGAGCUUAGAUGUAUCUCAUGGUCUAUCUUCAAAAGAGGGAAGCUCUUAUUCCACAAGAGAAAGUUCUGAUAGCACUGUAAAACUGCUGCAGGGCCAAGGAGAGCUUUCUCACAUAAAUGAUAGCAAUUCUAGGUCUGAAUCAGGAUUUCAAGUGGAAGAUGUAUCUGUGAAAAAUGCCAAAGCCUUGUCUGCUGAAGAAUUGGAAAGCCAGCCUCAAACUGUGGCAACAUCGUUGCGGUCGGUUCCUAAAGAAAAAGCUAUAGUUACCUCAAGAGUUCGGGGUGUAUCAUCUGGAGGGAGAGGGAAGAGAUAUGUCUUUGCAGUGAAAAACCAUGGCUCAAAAACGUCAGUACAAGAUUCCAAAAAUUCUCACCAAGAAUCCAGUGGAUUUCAUAGACCUCGACGCCAACGAACUGAAUUUCGCGUUCGGGGAAGUGCUGAUAGGAGGCAAUCUUCUGGACUUGUUUCAUCUAUACCAUAUGGGGUUGAUGAUAAGUCUAAUAACAGUGGCAGGGGUUCUGGAGAAAAAAGUGUCUCAGGGAGGGUGGUUGUGCCUAAUAGACCAACAAAACAGAAAUUUGAAUCAGAAGGCUUGAGUUUGCAGUCAGCUAGUUCACAGGAGGUAGAUUCAGGAAGGAAGCCGGAAAAGGGUGCUGGAAAAGAAACUUUGAGAAUGAAUCAGAGCAUUUCACAUCAUGGAGAAGAUGUUGAUGCACCUUUGCAAAGUGGAAUUGUACGUGUUUUUGAGCAACCUGGUAUAGUGGCUCCUAGUGAUGAUGAUGAUUUUAUUGAGGUGAGAUCAAAGAGGCAAAUGUUGAAUGAUCGCCGUGAACAGAGAGAGAAGGAAAGCAAAGCAAAGUCUCGGGUCUCAAAGAUGCCACGAAAACUUCAUUCUACCUCACAAAGUACUGUUGCAUCUGUCACCUCAAACAAAGUUUCUGUAUCAGUUGGUGGAGAAGCCAACAGUAUUCACAUUGAUUAUGUUGGCACCGAUGGGCAUGGCUUGGCAAAUGGUGAAGUUUCUGCAGGAAAUAGUGCCCCUAUAGUGUCCCAACCAUUGCUGCCAAUUGGCUUUCCUGCUGUGAAAACUGAUGUCCAGGCUGAUUUAAGAUCCCAAAAAAUCAAGUCCUUCCAAACAAGCUCCAUACCUGUUGGAUCUGGUAAUGUGAAGAACCUUGCAUCAGGCUUAAUGUUUGAGAACAAGAAUAAGGUUCUGGAUAAUGCCCAAACAUCUUUGGGCUCUUGGGGCAAUUCCCGGAUUAAUCAACAGGUUAUGGCCCUAACACAGAAUCAACUUGAUGAAGCUAUGAAGCCUGCACAGUUUGAUACACAUUCUUCUGUUGGAGAUCCUUCUAAAUCAGUUGGUGAGUCCAGCUUGCCUUCCUCAUCCAUCUUGGCCAAGGACAAGUCGUUUGCUUCUGCUGUGAGUCCAAUCAAUUCCCUGCUUGCAGGGGAGAAGAUUCAAUUUGGUGCUGUCACAUCUCCAACAAUCCUCCCACCUAGUAGCCGUGUUGUUUCUCAUGUGAUGGGCCCUCCAGGUCCUUGUCGGUCAGAUAUUCAAAUUUCUCUUAAUCUAUCUGCACCUGAAAAUGAUUGCUCUCUUUUCUUUGAAAAAGAGAAAUGCGCCGAUGAUUGUGCUCGUUUGGUAGAUUGCGAAGCUGAAGCAGCUGCCUCAGCCAUUGCUGUUGCAGCCAUAAACAGUGAUGAGAUUGUUGGGAAUAGACUGGGUGCAGGCCUUGUAUCUGCUUCAGAUUCCAAAGGUUUUGGUGGUGCUGAUAUUGAUGGAAUAACAGCAGUUCUGGCAGGUUUAUCAGGCGAUCAGCAUUUAGCCAAUCAAUCAAGAGGUGAAGAGUCUCUUAGUGAUGCACUUCCUGCUGAUCUUUCUGUCGAGACACCACCGAUGUCUUUGUGGCCUCCUUUACCAAGUCCACAGAAUUCUUCUAGCCAGAUGAUUUCUCAUGUCCCAGGAGGUCCAGCUUCCCAUUUCCCAUUCUAUGAGAUGAAUCCAAUGUUGGGGGGACCUAUCUUUGCUUUUGGGCCCCAAGAUGAGUCUGCAUCUUCCCAAUCACAGCCUCAGAAGAGUAAUGUUUCAGUUUCAGGUCCAGUUGGGACCUGGCAACACCAUUCUGGUGUAGAUUCAUUCUAUGGGCCUCCAUCAGGUUUCACUGGCCCUUUCAUCAGCCCUCCUGGAGGCAUUCCAGGGGUUCAAGGUCCUCCACACAUGGUUGUAUAUAAUCAUUUUGCACCAGUUGGACAGUUUGGACAAGUUGGCUUGAGUUUCAUGGGUACCACCUAUAUUCCAUCUGGGAAGCAACCUGAUUGGAAGCAUAACCCUGCUUCUCCGAUGGGUGUUAGUGAAGGGGACAUGACUACUUUGGAUAUGGUUUCUGCACAGCGCAAUGCCACCAACUUGCCAACUCCUAUACAACAUCUUGCACCGGGAUCGCCUCUCUUGCCUAUGGCAUCUCCUCUGGCCAUGUUUGAUGUUUCUCCCUUCCAGUCCUCCCCUGACAUGUCGGUCCAAGCUCGAUGGUCCCAUGUUCCUGCAUCACCUCUUCAAUCUGUUUCUGUAUCAACAUCAUCGCAGCAACAGGCAGAAGGUCAACUUCCUUCUCAGUUUAGCCAUGGGAAAGCUGUUGACCAACAAUUAAUAAACAGGUUCCCAGAGUCUCAGAUAACUAUGCCCACUGAUAACACCCAGAACUACCCCACAGCUACUGAUGCAAGUGUCACCCAGUUACCAGAUGAACUUGGGUUGGUAGACUCGUCAAGAUCAAUUAAUGCUGGUACUUCAACACAGAGCACUGUUGCUAAGAGUUCGUCUGCUGGCAACAUUUCAGAUGCUAGCAAGACUGAUGCUGUGCAUAAUGGUAGUGGAAGCAACAGUAGCAGCAGCCAGAGUACGAGUUCUGCUUUCAAAAUGCAGCCUUCCCAUCAGAGGAGUACCUCUGCCCAGAAUUACAGUAAUUCCUCAGGCUAUAAUUAUCAAAGAGGAGGUGGAAUCUCUCAGAAGAAUAGUUCCGGGGGUGAGUGGUCUCAUCGUAGGGUGGGAUACCAAGGAAGGAAUCAAUCUUUGGGUUCAGAAAAAAGCUUUCCUUCAAAGAUGAAGCAGAUUUAUGUGGCUAAACCGACUGCUAGUGGAACACCAAUGGCUUCAUGAGUAGAAUAUUAAAUGAGGUUUCUGGAUUUAGAAUAGAAAGCAGCAGAGACUGAAGCAUCUUUCCAGUGAAAAUUUUGUUUUUGUUCUAAUUUUUUAUCAAACAAAAAUUUCAGCAAGGGGGGAGUUUGGGAUUUAGGUCUCUGAUGAAAGUUUGGCUGAGCUGGUUGAGCACGUCUGUUCUUGAUCUUGCUAGUGUGCUGGUUGGCUUGAUUAUGCUAUUUUGUGUGCUAGCUAGGAGUUGUCAUUUUUUUAGCCGUCUCUUUGUUGGCUGCACAAGCCUAAUAGUAAGUCGUGAUGUAUUAAAAUUAUCGAGGAGCCAGCUGAUUUAUUCUUGAUGCCACUGACGAUAAUGAUAAAUAUGUGGGCUAUAGGAAGUGCCUUCUCUUAA